AUAGUGAAGCAGAUCUGUACUAUCCAUAGUUCGGUAGCUUCAUGUGUGAUUGUUUAAAUAGUUUUUUUUUUAUAAACAGCUAAUUUUUGUAACCAAGAUCGAAUCAAUGCGACAAAUUUUAUUUGGAUUUUUAUUUCGUAUUGCAUACACGUCUCACCGAAUUCCAGCUGGAUAUAGCAAGAUUUUUUCUUGAUCAAUAAGAAUUGGGAUGAAUUCUUGAUCGGAUUUGCCUGGUGAGAAAGAGAGACGAAGAGUAACAGUACAAUCAAACUGGUAGUCAAUGAAAUCCAGUUGGACUCAGGCCGUCGAGUAGUGCAAACCUAGCCAAAAUAUGUUCGUCUGUUUUCGUGGUUUUAGUUCCAAUUUCUGUUACAAAGAUAUUCAAUAGUAAAUGUAAAUUUAGAAAACAAUAAAAAAAAUGAUUCUCGUGUGAUCUUCUCCGUUUUCUGUGACAAUAUUUUCAAGCUAGAUUUUUGCCAGUGAAUUGCUUAUUGAAUGUUAUAGUUGUAUUUGUGUAUUGCAAUUUUUGCGUUUGCGUUUAUAUAUAGAAGAGAGCACUGCUCUGACUCAAGUAUUAUAGUGAUUCCAGUGCGGAGGCAGAUUAUCUAAGUAUUUGUAGUUGUGUAGGUGGUGCAUGAAUCUUUGUACUAAGCCCAGGCGACUAAAAGAUGAAAGCAACGAGGAGAUACCGUUUAACAACAAUGAUGGCUGCACUCGCAUUUCUUGGAAAUGGAGUGCAGUCUCAAUCAAAUUAUGCCUCACAAGCAAACAGCAUUGAGUAUCAAGGAGAGGGGUUACCAGAAGAAGCAACACUGGACGGAAAGGUUACAAAACUCGACGAUCUCAGCCCGAUAAUAUUUUUAAAUAGAACAAAAGCUGCCUUAAAUUGUGCUGCCGGCUCUAUGCAAGUAGAGCUUAAAUUCAAUGAGAAGUUUUAUGGUACUGCCUACGCAAAUUUCGAUAGAACCAGCGCUUGUCAAAUAACUGGAAAAGGAGAUACAAGUUAUAGUAUUGAACUGCCUCUGAAGGGAUGUGGAACCAAACAGGACCCACAGCGUGUUUUCACAAACAAUAUAAUAGUGCGCUUUCAUCCUGGAUUGGAGAUGGAUGGAGAUGAAACUAUUACUAUAGUUUGCCGCUACCCGCCUCCACUUGCACCAAUUCCUGCUGGAUUACCAGCCCCAAUAUUGACUGAUAUUGUUCCAGCAUCAAUUUUAGAACCGCCACUAAAAGGAAUUCAAAUAUUAUUUAUAAUUUGUGCCAUUAUGUUCUUAACUUUAUUGCUUAUUGGUUUGGGGAUAUCCUAUUAUUGUUUACGGCGACAACCGAUACCAAUUGUGAGAAGAGUUGUACAUGUUGGAAGCGGGUCGGAAAUUACUGCUUUGGAAACCGGAAGUAUAGGAAGUAUUUCAGGACUAAAGAUCCCACAAGCACAUGUCGCUUUACAACAAGCUCAAAGUAUCUCUGGAAGUGAAGGCCCCCUCAUUCCAUCUGAUUACCCUAGUGAGUCACAUUCAGAAAACGAGGAGGUUGAUACAGGAUCUUUGCCAGUUAGUUCUCAUGGCAGUUAUGAAAACAGUGCCUUCGUUCAAGAUGCUUCAAGUAUCUAUAGUGAGAACUACGGGCACACUCAAGAAAUACGGGCCGUAGCGGCUUGUGAAUCUUCUCCUAAGUUCGACAUUCAUGUAAGAGUUAAACGUACUCCGCCGCCGUUACCGUCGCCUUUAACAUCUGACAGCGAUAGUAAUACAUCCAUCAACAGAAUUGAACGCAACAACUUAUCUACAAUACUGGAAUCUCAUGAGGAUGCUCGAAGUGACAGUAUACUAACACUAGAAUCAUUACAAGAAGCAGGACACACGCAAUUUACCUACACCCCAGAAUUACACUCGGUUCCUAAACAUAUCAAGUUGGCAACAGCGCUAUCUCAAAAUCCAAUAACGCAGCAACAAGUGCAACGUAAAAUUUGGCCUGAAAACUAUACGGUGGUACCACAAACGUCUUCCCGUCGAAGCAUUGUUUCACUUGGCACAGAAAUGACAGACACGCAUUCCAUGACUGAGAUAGUUGAUUCUUCACACUUAUAUCCGAAUAACUUCCAUGAUGUUAUUGAUCUAAAGCACAAUGAGCACUUCUUUGAACCCAAGAUUAAUGCAAUGAAAAAAAAUGAAAUUUCAUCUCAUGUUGUAGAUGACGUAUAUAUGCAGACAGUUACCGAAAAAACUACAAUCGAAGAUAUUGAACGUCACAAACGAAUGGUAACUGAAUAUAAAUCAAAACCUGUAUUAGAUCCAAACUGGGAUGUAACUAUUAGAAAUUACAAAGAUAAUUCACCAGAAUGGGAAGACUUUUCAGAUAUUUCUAGCGCGUCCGGCAUGACAAUUCCACAAACUGUGCCAGUUCAAAUGGCUAUACCGAUUUCAACGUACAUCUCCGAAAAUGACACCAUACUUCAGAGUCCCGAGUUGGUAGGUAAUAUGAAACCCAUUGAUCUUCCACCAGAAGAUAAAACCAUUUCCAACUGGGAUGUAUUGAUACGUGUCUUGCAAGAUGUUGAAAUCCCAGAAGUAUCGGUGGCUACUUCCUCGCUACAAAAUAAUCGAGUUCCUGUUCCGCUAGCUAGACAAUUGAGCUAUGACGAUAAAGCUAAAUGGAAAGAAAUAAUCACAACUGAAUCAACUUUGAGAACAAUGCUAACGGAAGCCGUUGUCCGCGAAGACUUUGAAAAAAUUCGUGCUGAUGCUCGCUAUGAAAAAUUGUUUGAACCUCAAUCUUGGGAGAUAAUCUUACGUAUACUGACACCACCAUAUGAUGUUGAGCUUAGACGAUCGAAGCGAAAAAAACGUGAAGCAUGGGAUACUCGUUCACGACGAAGUUCAUUGCCAACUCUAUAUGAGUACGACAGCGACGGUGGAUCAUCCGUUAGAACUAUAACACAAGAUCCAAUCAUCGUACCUACACAAAACAGAGACAGUUACAGUAGUUCAAGACCUAGAUCGCGAAAAACUUCACGUUCAUCAUACAGUUCCAACAACGUGGAUUACCGCUCUAUGACUGAAGUUAUGGUCGAUUUUGCUAAGCCAAGCUACCCAGAUAGUUUCUCGGACGGUAGCUCGUAUUCUGUACAUCAAUAUUACGAAGACGACCAGUAUGAUCAUCGAUCCAUACAACAUUCUUCAAGCCAUCCUAGUCUCGCUAGGUCAGCUAGUGAAUUUAGUGAACGAUGGAUUGCUCCAGAAGAACGCGAUUCAUCUACACCAGAUGCGAGCCCACAACUUAGCCGGCGCGAUAGAGACAUGGUGGUUGAUGCUGGACGUGAAAAUCAGACCCAGUAUAUUGAAACACGAAAAACCCAUUAUAGAGCUUCCGACAGUGGGUGGUAACAACUCGUUUUGAAAAGGAUGCAGAAAUAACUACAAUAUAAAGUUAUCUGAAUGUGCCAAUAGUGUCUAAUCUCGUUAUAAUUUUAAAAUCAUGCUUAGGAAAAUAUGUUUAUUUGCAAGUCCGACAACGCAAAACACUCAAUCGAAAAGCAUCCUAACGGUCAUAAGUGCACGAACGUCUCUCUUUUUAUUGCGGUUUCGUUUUCAAAUACACUUUUUAAACGCUCUCUAACGAUUAUAGUUGAAACUCUCCGAUAAAAUGUAUUAUUUUUUCUAAUCUUUUAUUACUACAUCAAUAAUUAAACUGAAUGGUUUUGCAAUAAGAUCGAUAUCGAUUACGAAUUCUCUAAUUAAACUAAGAACGCACAUUUACACUUAUGGAUAAAUUAUGUAUGUUUAGCAUAUUAAAUUGGUGCCAGAUAGGGAUCAAAUUUACCAAUUAUUUUAGCUUGAGAUACAAUCCACAAAAAGUUGUAAUCCAAAUAACAAGGCCCAGGAUUUAUUUUUUGAGUAUUAAAAUUAUAAAUUUUAAUUGACAUCUAAAUCUAAAGUCCCGUAAAAAUAUAAGAAUAAUCAUUUGAAUGAACGCUGUGAUUUUGCGAAAGUUGAACACAUCUCCAAUACAUAAUUCAUACCACGUAUGUUGGUGAGCUUUCAUGACCUUAGGAUGCUGCUAAUUGUCUCAACUGUGAUACCAAGAUAUAAAUUAUCUUCUAUUACGGAAACUGAUCUAAAGACUAUGCAUACAAUUUACCAUAUCUUCUUAAUUUGCCUCUUGGUUGAAGGAAUUUAUUUGAAUACCACAGUUGAAGCUCAUAAACAAAUUGUACCAUUCCAAGCGGGUGAUGGGUAAUAUUUUAACUCAGUAUUUUAUACAAAAUAUAAUCUAACAUUUUGGAACUGAAUGAACAAAAUAAAAAUGAACCAAUAGCCACUAAUGCUUAAAUCGAAAAAUAAAUGUUUUUAACGCACUAACAAACAAA